AUUUUCCGAGCCACAUUGUCUAUUCGACAAGGAUGGGAAUUGUUGACAUCAACUGUCAAAGCUCAAUUGCGAAUUCCAGUAAUGCAGGGAUAACCCUUGACAAUUCUAUAGCAAAUUCUACUUAAUAAAGAGCAAUAGAUAUUAGGCAUGGAUAAUAGAAAGUUUUCAAACUAUGUAUACUCCGUGAUUGACCUAGCGGGUAUAAAUGAUGAAAUAAAAAGAAAGAGAAUAGAAACUGCGAGACAGUCUGAAUUGCUUUUCUCAGAAUGUUUGAAACACACACAUAAUUCAUUUGAUUGCAUAUACACUGGAAGUACAUCGGAGGGCACCGUGCCUCAUAGUUUCAGUGAUAAUGACGUAAUGAUAGUGUUGACAGAUACCAUUUGUGUAGAUAAGGAGAAAUUAAACCCAGAUCCAAAUUGUCCAUUUGAAGUGUUAGCAGCAGAAUAUGAAAAUAUGCUACCUGGGUACGUCAGAAUUACAGAAGGACAUACUAAUAGACAAUGUAACGAAAGCUCAACAGCAUCUAUGUUCUUGCCGAGAUCAUAUUGGCACGGAUCUUCAUUAGAAACUGCUCCUUACAUAUCAAACAAAUUCUUAAAACACACAAAAGGAAUGUUUGAUAACUUUGCAUCGCCAGCUAGUCAAUGCGAAGGUGGUUUGUACACUAUGGAAGGAUAUAAGCAGGGAAUAAAUGGCCCUGCAAUAACGCAUAAAUCUCAAUGUAGGAUAAGUAGCGGGUCGUCUUCGACGUUGUUAUUUGAGCUUGAGCAUGACACUGUGCAUGCUAUACCCUUUUACAAUGCAAGUACAUUGCCAAAGUGGUCUUCAAGAGCAAGAAACUACGACUGGCCAUCAAAAGAUCUGAUACACGAGAUUUCCGAUAUGGAAGGAUUUAUACUUCCGAUUGGCGAAAAGCAGAGCGAAACUGAACAUAUUGAAUGGCGAAUAUCGUAUGUAACUGCAGAGAGAACGUUAGUACAAAAUUUGAAUAGCACCCAACACAAGCUUUAUGUGUUAUUAAAAUUGUUCUCCAAACAGGUUUUUGCACAAGUCAGUAAAUCUUUUUCGUCAUACAUGGUGAAAAAUGUUGUUCUUUGGAUGGCAGAAAUCAAUUCAAGCCAUCUCUGUACACCAUCCUUUUUAAUUGAUUGUCUUAUUCAAAGUUUGAAUUUCAUAAAGUGUUGCUUGAUAUGUAAUCACUUACCAAGUUACAUAAUGCCAAAGAAAAAUUUAAUAGCCGGAAGAAUAUAUGGUCAUGAAAAGCAUGAACUGAUUGCCUUCUUGUCUUCUUUGAUUGAUGAAGGUGCAUAUGUGAUUUACAGACUUCCAAAAUUGGCAGCUUGUUUGAACUACGCAGCAAUACAUCCCGAGCCGUUUGCUAAUUUUGGUAUCUGGCGGCACUGUGUAGAAACACAAUUGUUAUUACUGAAAUCUAGAUGUUCCGCUGGUAGAGAUCCUAAAUUUUGUCUUAAACAUUUGUUUAAGGUGACACCAGUUCACCUAGGACAUAAAAUGUCACGUCAGGAUCGGCAGUUACCAAAUCUUGUAACAAUGAUAAUCAGACUUACAGCUGCGGAUUACCUGGAACGAUUUCCUAACGCUACUCUUGCAGAGAUAAUAAAUGCAACUUUCAAAAGAAUAAAAUGUGUCAAUGAAUGCUGUUUCCUAUGCUGAUGA